UAGUGCAUAAGUACCAUAGACUGUGAUAAGUACGCGAUUUGUUUGGGACGCACCUAUCGUGUUUUUUUAAACUUCCGCAAAUUGUCGUUGAUGUCGUGAUCCGAGUCAAAGCUGCGCUCCAGUUGCGCAGGCCGGGGAAAGCGAAAGCAGCGUCUCCGGGAGAACAGCUUCACGCGCAGAGCUGCGCAGCGUGUGCUCCGGAUGAUCCGCACAAACAUCGGGAAAGAGACCGAAGACGCGAACAGAGCCGCUGGAUCCACACACAGACGUGUCGAUCUCUCCGGAUCCAUGCGACUCUCUCACACCACACCUCAUGAUCUCAGCUGAACUUUGUCCUCAGGUUCCAUCAAAGCCUGUGAAACAGUGGCUGGAGAGCAGAUGAAGUGUAUCUCGCUGCGGCUCGGAUGAACACGCUGGGCGACUCUUGUUCCACGUGCCCCUGCUGUUUACUGUAGUAUGUGAAGUCUCCGCACGCUCAUUGCUUUGUUACUGCUGGAGUUCGUCUUCCUGCAGCAUGAGUGGCAUCGGGCGCUCGGGGAAGCCCUCGCUCUGGCCCUCCUUCAGCAGCUUCAGGCCGCGGUCGGAGCGAGUGCUGCUGGCCCGCAGCGAGAGCACGCCGGGGGAGCCGGUGCUGAAGAUCACCAUCACCGAGACCACGGUGAUCGAGGCCGACGCCGGCGUCUGGAGCUCCAGGGCUCUGACCUACCUGGUGCUCUGGUACUUCUUCAGCUUCUGCACGCUCUUCCUCAACAAGUACAUACUGUCUCUGCUGGAGGGAGAGCCCAGCAUGCUGGGAGCUGUUCAGAUGCUCUCCACGACUGUCAUCGGCUGUGUUAAGACGUUCGUGCCUUGUCCCCUGCAUCAUCAUAAAUCCCGCACCGAAUACCCCCCUAACUUCCUCAUGAUCAUGCUGUUUGUGGGACUGAUGAGGUUCACGACGGUGGUGCUGGGUUUGGUUAGUCUGAAGAAUGUGGCCGUGUCAUUCGCUGAGACGGUGAAGAGCUCGGCGCCCAUCUUCACUGUUAUAAUGUCCCGCCUCAUACUGGGAGAAUACACAGGGUUCUGGGUGAAUCUGUCUCUGGUUCCUGUGAUGGCGGGUCUGGCUCUCUGCACUGCCACCGAGGUCAGCUUCAACAUGCUGGGCUUCUCCGCCGCUCUCUCCACCAACAUCAUGGACUGUUUACAGAAUGUGUUUUCCAAGAAACUGUUGAGUGGGGACAAGUACAAGUUAAGUCCUCCAGAGCUUCAGUUUUACACCAGCGCUGCUGCUGUCAUCAUGCUCAUACCUGCCUGGAUCUUCCUGAUGGACCUGCCGCUGAUGGGGAAGGGUGAUCGCUCCUUCAGACUGUCUCAGGACAUCGUGCUGCUGCUGCUGUUUGACGGCGUGCUCUUCCACUUACAGAGCGUCACGGCGUACGCUCUCAUGGGCCGCAUCUCCCCCGUCACCUUCAGUGUGGCGAGCACGGUGAAGCACGCUCUGUCCAUCUGGCUGAGCAUCAUCGUGUUCAGUAACCCCAUCACGCUGGUGUCUGCCGUCGGGACCCUCAUGGUGUUCCUGGGAGUCCUGCUCUACAACAAGGCCAAGCAGAUGCAGAGAGACGCUCUGGUCCAGCACGCUCUGGAGCAGUCCGCAGAGUCCCAGCAGAAACCCACGCCCCAAGACGGAGACGGCACGCCUGCCAAAUAACCUGUGCUCCUCUAAACUGAGCGAGAGCUAGAGAUGGAUGUGCUCCGGGUGGAAAGGACAGCUUUCUGCUGACAGCUCGUUGGUUUGGGAGUCAGGACUCACAGGGAAUCAUGCCUUAUGUAGCUCAUGGGACCCUAUCAUUCUGAAACCUUUGUGCGUUUAGUGAAAACUGAAAGAGACUCUUAAGAAAUAUUUAGGCAGGUAAAGCCCAAACAGUUAUCACAAUAUUCUGUGCUAUUUGAGGGCUACAUGUAGACAACAAAAAUAUAGUGUGAGUGAGUCUCACCAGCAAACAUCCAGCUCAUAUUUUACCCCAAAAUAAUAGUAAAAAAAUUUAUUGUUUUUAGGACCAUAUAAUUUGCAUUAUUGAUUCAUUGAAAACAAGUGUUUUUUAAAAACUAAACAAAAACUAGGCUUUACGCGAGAGCACAUUUUGAGGUGAACGAUGACAUUUAAUAAGCAGGUGUGUUUUAUGAAGCUGAUCUCUUGAUGGAAUGGCUCCUGUGAAAGAGAGCGUGUGUUUUCUGUGCUCGCGUCGUGUAUCGCUGCAGAAACAGACGGGUUUGUUUCACACUUUUCGUUUUAUUACUCCGCACCCUCUCACUUAUUUGGGAUCUGGAACGCAGGAGAUGAUUUUGUGAUGUACUUUUGCUCGAUUAUGUCCAGAUCACCACAUGACUUGAAGGUCACCUGUGUAUUUUCUCUUCACUAGAUAUCUUGAAGCGGUUUUCUAUGUGCUCUCUCUAUAGUUUGUUUGACUUCUCUCUCUGUGAAUGUGGGUUAAAUGAUACGACAGAAACAGAUUUGUCAAAUACUUGAUGAAACUGCCGGCAGAAUGUCUUUGCAAGGUAAUGUUUAGCAAGAAUCUCCGUAUCUGCUAUGGUGGGUUGUGUUUGUGGUAUAUUAAAUGAUGUAUGUCAGUACAAUAACCACUUAUGGGAAUUGUCUGUAUAAUUUGGUCUUUAUUUGUGCAUUGGAAACAUUUUGAUUUAUAUGAAUUUUGCAUUUGUUUAUUAAAUGUGUACAGUGCGAGA